AUGUCGUCCGGUCGCGUGCCGGUUCAGAUAGCAUCGAAUCUUAAAGCCCUGCGACGGGAUUUCAACUCCGUCCACAACAUCAUCCGCCUCUCCCUUCCCUCCUAUCUCUCCGACUCACCGCCGUCGCCGUCGACAUCACCCCCGUCAACGCCGUCUCGUUCGCAAUCGUCGCAGUCGCAGACGCAGUCGCAACCCCCCUUGCGCUCCGCCUCCUCCUCGUCCAUCCUCCCAUCGCCGUAUUUCGUCCACGACGCCCUCUCGUCGCAGGAGCCUCUGGAAUCGUCGCCGUCGUCGUCGCAGGAGCCCGAGGUCGUCUCUGGCGAUCGCCCGGCUGCGGCUGGCCCUUUUUCGACCUUUUCCUUUUCCACGUAUUCCUUUCCAACAUCGUCCUCUUCGACAUCUCCUCGUUCGUCGAAAGAGCGCGAGGAUGAAGACACGUCAGCAUCAACGCAGAAGUUUCGAUCCCUGCCUCGCUCCUCCUCCGACUCUCGCUCUAUGACGGAGAUCCGGCGGCGAGUGCAGGAACAGCGCGUCACAAUCGGGACUAACGUCGCCUAUUCCACUCUCCGCUCUCCCCCCUUGAUCUCCCCCAUAUCAGUGACCCCUUUCUUCAUCUUCUCCCUUGUUCUUUCCUCCCCUCCGCAGCUCUCCUCCAUGGCCACGGAUAUGGAAGCCAACGCCUCGCAGCUGGGACUAACAGCGCCUGCAUCCUCAUCACCACUCGCAUCACCAUUCGCAGCACCACAACCACCAUCGCCAUCAUCAGAGCAAUCGUCGUCUUCAGCCCCCAACGCCGCCGCCGCCGCCUCCCUGCCCUCGCUCUGGGCGCGCCUUUCCGACCGCCUCUCCCAAGCCUUCCGUACCCUCCUCUCCCCUCCCUCUUCCCGCGCCUUCCGCUCGUCCCCCGCGCUCCACUCGUCUCGAACUUCCUCCCCCGCCUUUUCCCCCUCCGCCUCUUCCCCUUCCGCCACUUCCCCCUCCGUUGCUUCCGCUUCCGCCACAGCCCCCUCCGCCUCUGCCAAAUCUUCCCCCUACGCGAAGGAGAAAGCGGAUGUGGGGGGAGCGGAGGAGGGCUCGGGGGAGGCGGGCGGCGGGGGAAGGGGGAGCAGUCUGGCGCGGCUGGUGGGGGAGGUGCGCGCCAAGGGGUCGCUGCUAGAGGCGGCGGACGAGGCGCUUGAGGAGGAGAGCCGCCGCCUGCAGAGCAAGGCGAACGAGUUGGCAGCGUCGAUCCGCGGGCGCCUCUCGGUGGACGACGUGCAAGCGGUGGUGGGCGCAGCAGUGGGCAACGCGCAGGCGGAGCUGGCGGACGAAUUGGCAGCGUCGAUCCGCGGGCGGCUCUCAGUCGAUGACAUUCAAGCAGUGGUGGGCGCGGCAGUGGGCAACGUGCAGGCGGAGCUGGUGCGCGCGCGCAGGCGGACGAAGCAGCUGCUGUCGCAGCUGGAGAAUAAAGACACGGAGCUGCGCGUUGCCCUAUAUUCCCACUCCCCACUCCCUCACUCCCUCACUCCCUUACUCCCACACUCCGUCCUCGUCCCCCCUUCUGCUUCCCUCCCAACCCCCUCGUUUCAGGCGGACGAGUUGGCAGCGUCGAUCCGCGGGCGCCUCUCGGUGGACGAUGUGCAAGCAGUGGUGGGGGCAGCAGUGGGCAACGUGCAGGCGGAGCUGGUGCGCGCGCGCAGGCGGACUAAGCAGCUGUUGUCGCAGCUGGAGAUCAAAGACACGGAGCUGCGCGUGCGGCGCGAGGAGUGGGAGAAGGAGCGCGCAGCCAUGGUCGCCACGCUAGACGCGCUCGUUAGGAAGGGCACGCUCGGGCGGAGCGAGGCGGGGGAAGGGCGCGCAGGGGGAGCAGCGGGAGCAGGGGGAGCAGCAGGAGCGGUAGGGGACGGAGGAGAGGUGUUAGGCAGUGGAAAUAGCAUGGGAAGCGGGGGAAGCGGGGUUAUAGGAGGAUUGGCGCCUGUUGAGGCGAUGACACGUGGCAUGAGCCUGACAGACGCAAUGAUGAGGAUCUUAUCCCUAGAGGCGGCUGUAGCGCGGGCGGAGGAGGCGGAGCAGGCCACCUCCGUGCGGCUAGAGCGCGUUGCUGACGUGUUAGGGCGGGAGAUCGCGAAGCUUAGAAAGGACAAGAAGUCGAUCGAGAUCCGGGCGCAGAUGCUGACGUGGCGGCUGGAGAUGAUGCAGCAGAAGCUGGAGGGGCUGCUGGGCGGGCUGAUGGAGAUCCGGGGCGCGCUGAUUGGUGGAAAGGUGGAUCUGGGGGUACAGCUAUUGGAGGAGCUUGUGUUUGAUGUGGAGACGUGGACUAGGCAGGGGAGGAAGCUUAUGGAGAAAGAGAUUGCUGGGUGGGAGGGCGGGAAAGGGGCGGGGGGGAAAGGGGCUGGGGGAAGAGGGGAGAGUGACGGUAAGGGGGGGCAAGCGGGGAGGAAGGAGGAAGGGGAAGGGCGGGAGGGAGAAGGGGGUGAGGUGGGAGGGGCGGGAGGGCAGGGAGAGGGUGGUAGUGGGAGUGUGAGUGUGAGGGCUGGGUGGUGGAAGGAGGGUCCGCCGGGGGAGUGGAGUGUGUAUGAGGAGCGAGAGGGUGGACGGUUGGUGGAAUUGGGGGAGGAGAGGAGGGAGCAGGAGGAGAGGAGGAAGAAAGAGGAGGAGGAGAGGAAGAGAGAGGAGGAGAGGAAGAGGGAGGAGGAGAGGAGGAAGGUAGAGGAGGAGGAGGCGGCUAGGGAGGCAGAGGAGAGGGAGAGGCGGAGACUGCUUGAGGAGAGUGAGAAGGAGAAGGGGGGCGCAGUUGAAGAGGAGGAUGGGGAGGAAGUGAGUGAGAAGGAGGGGAAGGGUGAGAGUGAGAGGGAAGGAAGGCCAGUAGAGGUCCCUGUUCCACAGAGUGAUGACGUGGACCAAUCAAAAGGGGACGCUGACGUGGGCCAAUCACGAGAAGAUGCUGACGUGCAGAUAGGUAACAGCGAGGCAGGAGAGGAGGGAGGUGGGGAGGAGGGUAGUGGAGAGGAGAGGAGUGGCGAGAAGGGGAGUGGCGAGGAGAGGAGUGGAGAGGAGGAGAGGAGUGGGGGGGUGAGUGAACCAGGGCAAGGGCAACAAAGCGGGGAGGAGGAGGGGAUGAAAGGGGAAGGGGCUGAAGGGGAAGCAGCUACUCAGGAGGAUGGGGAAGGGCAUAGAGAAGGGGAGAGGCGAGAGGGGGGUGAGGACGAGGAGGGUACGAGUGGAGGGGAGGAGAAGGGUAGUGGUGAAGGAAAUGGGAAGGAGGGGAAUGGUGAGAAGUCGGAUGGUGGGGUAGCAGAAGACAUUGGUGAUAGUGAUAGCACAGCUGAGGAGGAGCAGGAGAGGGGAGUCGAGGAGAAGAGGGAGAGGGGCGUGGAGGAAGGGUACGGAGAGAAGGCAGAUAGCACGGAAAGGAGGGAGGCAGGAGAGGAGGCGAAUGCGGUGGGAGGAGACAGUGAGACGGCAGAGUCGGGAGGGGAAGGACAUGAGGAGGUGCACAUAGAGAAGGAGAGCGGUGGAGAGGGAUCGGGAGGGGUGCAUGAGGGUCUCAGUGACGAACCUGACGUUUCAUUUUCUGAAGGAGCUUUAAAGGAAAGGCGGGAGGAGCAAGGGGAGCAAGAGGAAGGGGCGGCGGUGGAGGAGGAGGAGCGGGCGGCAGGAGUGACGCUGUACUAUGAGACGGGGUGGCCGGAGGUGUUUGUGCACUUCAGUGCGGACGGCGCCGGUUGGACUGAUGUGCCGGGGUCAAGAAUGGACGACUCGCCUCUCAUUGGCUUGAAUGGACUGCCCCUCAAGGUGAUCACCCUGCCAGUGACUGCAAUGGAAUUUGUCACCAACAACGGAGGCUCGGACUGGGACAGGUGGGUUCUGGGGUAG